AUGUCGGGUGUUGCUGGCGGAGCGAAUAAGAAAUCAGCGAGUAGAUCAGUGGCCACCAAGAAAUUGAUAAUACAGGUAGGAAUUAUCGAUUUUUCGGGGCAAAAAUGGGGAUUUCAUGAAAAAUAGGGUUUUUUAGUGAAAAUUCGUCAAAAAUCCCGAAAUUUUUGCAGGAAUUCAAGCGUCGUCUUCGCGACAACAUUCGUUCGCUCAACGACAAUUUCUAUCACAUUUUAAACGCGGCAAAAGUGAAUUUGGACGACGCGGCCUACAAAAAUGUGACAGGAAAAAUGUCGGAAUUCUAUACGACCAAGAAUGAGAUGGUUGUUAGGGCACAAUUAAUGGUUCGAGCGGCUGACGAGUUACAGAAACUCACCAGUGAUUUGAAGGAAUUUCUCAUUUUACACGAUUUCCAUUUUUUGACCUAUUCGAUUAAUCAGUGAGUUUGAUUAUUGAUUUUUGCGUAAAAAUCCCUACAAUUUUCCAUUUUUCAGAGCCGAACGUCAAUGCGAAGAUAAUCAACGUGCUCAAUUAAUGCAUCACGGUGGUUUGGAUAUGGAUGUUUCCAACAUUGCUUUUGAAUUGGAUCGGGAAUUGGAAAAUAUGUUCUAUUUUCGGCAUUGA